CAGACGACCGAUAUUCGCCAUCUUGCACUCAGCCUGUUAUUUUCAGUGAAACAUUUGCAUCAUGUGUUUGUGUCAUCUGUUUGGGAAAUAAGCAAGGGCUGUGUUUCAGCAAGCUUAAUUCCAUGAAGGUUAUCUGCGAUUACUUAAAAUACUAAGUUUUCAGCGGGACAGUGGUUUGUGUCAGUUUUGACCUCACUGCAUAUUCCAGUAUUAACUAUUACAUCAAAAUUGGUGGUUCGAACUGAUUGCUUUGCUGAAAAAAUUCUGAGUAUGUCUUCGACAUAAUGGGUCAAAUACGAAAGGCUACACUGAGAUCAAGGCUAAAGACUUUGAUAACGGUAUCCAAAUGGAUCAUAAUUUUGUUCAUCAUUACCUACAUAAUCUGUUUACCACUUCGGAGAGUAAAGCAAAACAUCAGGGAAACAUCUUAUAAACUAGUCCAAGCUUACAUAAGCUCGGGAAUCAUCACGACAUCGUCGAUAGCUCCAAUAACCUGCGAGGAUAAAUAUGUGUAUCUACUGAUGGUUGUGCCAAGUGCAGUAGCUAAUUUUGAACAAAGAAACGCCAUACGAAAUACAUGGGGAAAUGUAUCUAAUUUGCAUACGACUGUUUUGUUAAAAUUCUUGUUAGGAAAAAGUACGAACGCUGCGCUCCAAGAUAUUGCAGUAACGGAAAGUGAAAUUUACAAUGAUAUUAUAUUUGAAGAUAUUUUAGAAACUUAUGAAAAUUUAACAAGGAAAUCAAUUGCCAUGUUGCGAUGGGCAUCAAUGCACUGUCGUGAUGUGCAAUAUCUCCUUAAAGUAGACGAUGAUAUAUUUUUAAAUCUUCCUAGACUCCUAGAUGAACUAAAGAAACAUCAAAUGAAAAAUGCAAUAAGUGGAUGCAAGGUAACGGGGUCAUCUCCAUUUAGACAUUCAAUAUCAAAAUGGAGUGUGUCAAGAGCGCAAUACAAAGAGGAUUAUUAUCCGGACUAUUUAGCCGGAACAGCAUAUUUAAUAAGUGGUGAUAUUAUACAAAACCUUUACCGUGCAACACAAAAAGUUCCGUAUUUCAUAUUUGAGGAUGUGUAUAUUACUGGUUUGUGUAGACAGUAUAUUGGGGCAUCAGCCAAUGGAAAUUUAGGAUUCAGCUGUGGAUACCGUGACCAAGGGCCGUGUGGAAAGAACUUCCGGUACAAAAUAACUGGACAUCAUUACAGUCCUCCGGAAAUUGAAAGAAUGUGGUUGGAAUUGCAAGAUAGAUGGUCUAAUUGCCGACUUGUAGAUUAUGAUUUUAUAUAUAAAUUAGUUGAUUUAUUUAGAUACAUAUUCUUAUAGAUAUUCACGUACAUGUACAUAAAACAUAACUGCAAUAUAAGAAAAGAAUCGUUUAUCUUAAUUAGCUUGAUAAAAUAAUGGUUGACAAUGUAAUGUCUAUGUUCAAGAAAAAUACAUGUAUUAACAGCGGUGCUUUGUAAAAUUAGUUGAAGUGCUUUGUUACUUUUAGAUCUCUAUGUGAUUAAGUAUUAUACAAAGUUGAAGUAUUGUUUAAAGCAAUCCGAGUGAUUUUAUAUUAACCUUAUACAUGAAUGUCUAGCUUCCUACUGCUUAUGCAAAAACUAUGCAGUUUUUACAUUUUUUUAUUUGAUUUCUCUUACUUUUGAGUUUAUAUUAUGCUGCUCAGCUGUGUUCAAUAAAAUUGAUUUCUUUUGUAUUGUUAGAAUUUGCGAUGUAAAGACGCUUUCAUUUAUUAAUGAUUCGAAAUAAAAAAAAAUAUUUUACAGA